AUGGGCAAGCUCAAGCGCCCGGGGCGCGGAGGGGGGGGCGGGGGCGGGCGAGGGCGCGGGUACGGGCGCGACAGGGACGCCAUGCCGCCGCCGCCUCCGGGUGUGCUGAGCAAGCCCGCGCCGCCCAUGCUCCGCGAGAGCAAGAGCUCCAUUCGCCCGGCCUCGCGCCGCGCGUCCCCAGCGGUGGAGGUCAGCGCGGCCGCGGCAGGGGGCGCGCGGGAAGAGGAAUUUGCGCUUCUGCACGACGAGGGCGGUGGAGCGGAGUCGUUCGGGAUGUGGAUCAAACUGACGGACAAACUGACGGAGCUGCUGACGUCCGGCGACGAUGGCGUUGAGGCGAUGAUGAAGUUCGGACGGAACGGCAGUGGCCACGCCAUCAGGGUGGGCGGAGUGGAGUUCAAGUUCACGUCGCACAGCGAGCCCGACCCCGCGCUCUGCGACGUCUACCGCCUCCUGCCGCCCGGCGACGCGGCGGGCGGCGGUGUGGAGGGCGGGGAGCGGCGGGCGCUGGAGCACGUGGCGCAGGUGGCGCGGAAGCUGAGCGUGCAGCGACCACUGGACGAGCGCGAGAAGGAGAAGUGGCGCGACCUCACCAAGAGCACUCCUAAAGUCGCCAUGGCGUGUGCGUGGCGUGUGCGUGGUGUGUGCGUGGCGUGUGCGUGGUGUGUGCAUGGCGUGGGGCACGGCAGGCUGAAGCUGGUGGAUCUCAAGGGCAACAAGGCAGCCGCCCCCACCGUUGACGUGCACAGGGGUGCCGGGAGGGGCGCUGCGAGCUUGGGCGUGCAGAAGAAGCCAGGGCUCUUCAAGCGAUCUUCAGCCCCGCCCAUCCCCCCUCUGCCCAAGCAGCAGCAGCAGCGCCUGUCGCCCUUCAAUCGUGCCACCCCCCCCGCCAUCUCCCCGGACCUGUCGGUGGGGAGGGCGCUGGAGCCGCGGUCCGCCCACGCCACGCCCCCGCGCGCAGCCGCUCAUGCACCCGACGCACACAACCGUGCCGCAGCCGCCCUGCUGGGGGGCACGCCUGACAUGCCUCAGGCGCCCCAGGUGGCUGUGGUGCCCGCGGGCGAGCUGCGCGCGUUCCUGGUGGACAUCCUGGGGCGCAACCCCAAGGGCGUCAGCAAAACUGCGAUGGAGAGGGCAACGGGGCAUGAUUGGGCGCAGCUCGACAAAGUCGUCAGGCAGUCCCUCCCUCCCCCACACGCAAUGGGGGGGUCAGUCCCUCCCCCCCCACACGCAAUGGGGGGGUCAGUCCCUCCCUCCCCCACACGCAAUGGGGGGGUCAGUCCCUCCCUCCCCCACACGCAAUGGGGGGGUCAGUCCCUCCCCCCCCACACGCAAUGGGGGGGUCAGUCCCUCCCCCCCCACACGCAAUGGGGGGGUCAGUCCCUCCCCCCCCAACACGCAAUGGGGCGGUCAGUCCCUUCCCCACGUGCACUGCGUGACUCGGUAGAGAUUGCACCUGCCAGUCUAGUACCCCGCUCCGCUACAACAGCUGUCCGUGCACCCAUGCACUGCAGCUACAACAGCUGUCCGUGCACCCAUGCACUGCAGCUACAACAGCUGUCCGUGCACCCAUGCACUGCAGCUACAACAGCUGUCCGUGCACCCAUGCACUGCUCACAUAGCGAGGCUGCAUGCGCCGGGGUACUACCGCCUGCUGCCACACAUCAAGGAGGGCGCCCACGCCGCACACCCUGCAGCAGCAGCAGCCGCAGGGCGCUCGCCCAUACAGCGUCGCUCCACGUCCCCUCUGCCCUCACACUCUCCUCUACCCUCACACUCUCCUCUGCCCGGGCAUUCCCCCCUGCCAUCGCAUUCCACUCUGAGGACACCUCCUCUCUCCCCUCUAGCUGCUGCCUCCCCCCGCCCAUCCACGUCCCCCCUCCCAUCGGCAUCCCCCCGCCCCGCGUCCACGCCUCCAAGGCACUCCCCGUGAGAACCACCCCCUUGCUCCUCGCCCCUUUCCCUCUCUCCCCCCGGCCCUCCAUCGCUGCCCUGAAGCCUCUAUUGCCUUUGCCCUCCAUGCUCACCGCCCUGCUGCUCCUCACUCUCACCAUCUCUUGCCAUCGCGCCUUCCCUGCCCCAGGCGUGGAGGCGGCAGAGGGUGGGGGUGGCAGGGAGGCGGCGCGGGCGGGCAGGGUGCCGCUGCUGAACCUCAACGAGACGGGCUUCGACGACGACGAGGGCGGGGACGCACAUGGCCAUGGGCAUGGGGAUGGGGAGAAGGAGCAGGAGCAGGAAGAGGAGGAGGAGGAAGAGGAGGAGGAGGAAGAAGAGGAUGAGGAGUUGGUGGUGGAAGAGGAAGAGGUGGGGGACGAGGGGAAGGGGGAGGAGGAGGGCAGAGUGGUGGAGGGGGGGGUGAGCACAGCAGGGGAAGAGGCGGGAGAGAGGGGCUUAGGGGAGGGCACUGGGGAUGACGGGUGGAAUCACUCAAAGGGCGAAGGGGCAGGCGGGGAGGAGGGUGAGGAGAAGAAGGGGGAAGCGGGUGAGGAGGGAGGGGGGGAGGAGGAGGGGGGAGAGGAGGUGCGGCUGGAAGACUUGUUUGGGGAUGAGUCGCCCUCCCAUGGGGAAGGGGAAGAGGGGGAGGGAGGAGGGGGCGUUGGGGAGAGUGGAGGUUUGGAGGGCGAGGGACAGGUGAAAGGUGAGAGUAGCGAGGGUGGGAGUGGGAGUGAGAGCGAGAGUGAGAGUGGGAGUGGGAGUGGCAGUGGUAGUGAGAGUGGGAGCGGGAGUGAGAGCGAGGGGGAGGGUGAUGCUGGCAGCAGCAGCAGCGGCAGCAGCGGCAGUGCGAGUGAGAUUGACAUCGACAUUGACGAUGGGGACGGGGCGGACAGCGGCAGGGGCGGAGGCGAGGCGGAGAAGAGGGCGGAGGGCAAGGGGGCGAGGGCGCGGCACGAGGGGCGCGCUCACGGGCACGGGCAUGGGCGGGUGGAGAGGGAGGCGAGGGCAGCUCAAGAGGGGCAGGCAGACGCGAGCACUGGAGGAGAGGAGGCGGGUGGGCAGGGGGGGAGGGGGGGUGUGGGGGAAGAGGGGACCUGGGCGGAAGGGGGGGAGGGGGGACUUGGUGAAAAAGGGGAAGAUGGAGGGAAAGAGGUUGAUGGAAAGAAGGGAGUGGAAGGAGGGAAGGAGCUGCAGGAGGGGCAGGGGGAGGAGGAGGGGGAGAUGGUAGGAGAUGACGUGAGGAUAGAGAAUGAGGGGGAUGAGAAAGGCGGCGAGGGCGAGGAAAAAGAAGGUGGGAUGGGCGAAGGGAGAGCGGACAAGACUGAUUCUGAAACGCAAGGAGAGGGAGGAGAGGAGGGGGAGGAGGGGGAGUUGAAGGUGGAUGGCAGCGGGGAGAAGGGAGAUAGCAUUGAUGUGCAUGCGAAGGCUAAGGCGACAGAGAGUGAGGAGCGAGACGAUGGGGCACUGAGGGAAGCAGAGGAGAAGGAGAGAGUGAGAAAGGCAGAGGAGGAGAGAGUGAGAAAAGCAGAAGAGGAGAGAGUGAGAAAGGCAGAAGAGGAGAGAGUGAGAAAGGCAGAAGAGGAGAGAGCAAGAAAGGCAGAAGAGGAGAGAGUGAGAAAGGCAGAAGAGGAGGAGAGAAUGAGAAAAGAGAAGCUUGAGGAGGAGAGGAAGAGAGUGAGAGAGGAUAAUGUUCGGCGGAUGAGGGAGAGGGAGGAGGCGGAGCGCGCGGCCAGGGAGGAGAGAAUGAGAGAGGAAGAGGUGCGGAGGGCGAAGGAGAAUACAGAGCGGAGGGCAGAACAAGAAAGGGAGGCGAAAGAAGGGGAGAAGGAAAAGCGAGAGAAAGAGAAAGCUGUGAUGGCGAGGGAGGAGAGGGAGAGGGAGAGGAGAGAGAAAGAGAAAGAUGAUAAGGAAAUGGCAGAGAGGCUUGGAAGGGAGAGAAGGGAAACAGAAGAGAGGGAAAGAAGGGAGGAGGAGAAAAGAGCGAAACAGGAAAAGGACAGGGAAGAGAGGGAAACGGAGAGGCGACAGGUAGAGAAGGAGCAGAGAGAGAUGCAGGAAAGGCAAGAAGAGGAGAGUAAGGCAAAGAAAAGGUUGCGUGUGAAGGGUGGGGAGGAUGAGGACGCGCGGGAGAAGGAGAAGGUGGGCGGUGCGAGGGAGGAGGUGGCACGGCACGGGGGGGAUGGGGAUGGGUUGGAGGAGGUGGGUGCAGGGCGAGGGGGCGACAAGGGGCCCCGUGGGCUGCUAAAGGGAUCUGGGCCGCUGGGGCGAGAGGGUGAAGGUGGCAGGGGUGAAGGCGGCAGGGGUGACGGCGGCAGGGGUGAAGGCGGCAGGGGUGACGGCGGCAGGGGUGAAGGCGGCAGGGGUGACGGCGGCAGGGGUGAAGGCGGCAGGGGUGAAGGGGUAGUAGUGGGGGUCGAAGUGAUGGAGGAGAGGGAGGUGGGGAAGGUGGAGAAGAGGAAGAAGGAGAAGAAAAGUAAAGCAGGCAGGGUGGGGGAGAAGAGGGAGAAGAGAAAGAGGCAGGAGGGCGGGCAGGAUGGGGCAGGGGAAGGCGGGCUGGCAGACAUGGGUGGUGGGAUGAAGCGCGGAGUGGGUGGCAGUGCUGACAAGCCCCAUGCUCACCCCGACUCCCCGCCUGCCUCAGAUGCCGCCGCGGCUGCUGUGGGGGGAUGGGCAGAGGGAGAGGAGAGUGGGAGGCAGGCGAGGCAGAAGCGGAGGUGGCAUGAGGAGGAAGCGGAGGAGGGGGGAGUGGCAGAGGGAGAGGAUGGCAGCGAUGAGGGGUGGGAGGGGCAUGACACGUCCUUGUAUGAGGCGUAUGAGAAGGACAAGCCCGAGCUGAAGGGGCCAAUCACAUCUCGCGACCAGUACGCUCUGUACCACGCGGAGUUCACAGACAAGUACGCCGUGUACCUGCGCCUGCACUGCAUCCUCGACGCCCAGCGGGAAGAAGCGGAGCGGAUAUUUACUGAAAUGGACGAGUGUGAGGAUGAGGAGGAGAAGGAGCGGUAUAAGCGGCGGAUAUAUGCCAUGUUCCACAGCAGGCACAAGCGCCUGCAUCAAAUGAAGGCCGUCUUUGCCCUCGUGCAGCAAGAGCUAGCGUCGAUCAAGGCGCGGGUGAAUGAAUACCUUCAGCAAAGCUGA